GCGUGGCAGCGACGCAGGAUAUCGCCAAGUUCGUCAGAGAGCCGGCAGCCCGCACCGCGAGUGUUGCUGCCGAGUAGAGUUCUGUCGUCGACCGAGACGCAGGGAGAAGAGACAUUCACGCGAAUCACAGCAGACAGGCGACCGUCGCUGUCGUCGUCGACUCCUACGUCGGGAAGACAUCACGUCCUCUCGGGUUCGAUCCACGUAUCAGUGUCGCCGCGACCUACGACGGUUCUCUUUCUCUCGCGUACACCCUUCGCGAAUUCGCGAAUUCGCCCGUCGGUAUCCCUUUGCCCUUCUCCUCUGCCCCACCACUCGUCGUUCCGUCUUUCUCCUCUUUGCACGCGCCACGGUACACCAAGAAGACGAGGCGGGUCGGGCGGAGCGGCUCCAACCUUAGACGAGGAGUCAGACCGUUGGGAGACAGGCUGUCUUCGAUUCGCGCUACGGGUUUCUUCGACGGACAAGAUACGUUGCUCUUGCUGCGGCAUCGCGCUUUCCGUGGAAGGAGAAGCCUUCCCGGAUACUUGCCUCGCUGAUCGGAAAGUCGAAACAGGGCAACCGUGCCACGUAACAAGUAAUGAGUACCACGGAUCCUACCGGUGAGGGCGGAGGGGGAGGGGAGACGGCUGCGAUAUCAUCGACGAAUAUCGAGCAAAAUAUAUCUCCGAUUACACCGGUGACCGGCAGCGCAAUGCCACCGGGCUCUCAACAGCAACAUCCACCGCCAUCGCCUCUGAGUGGCUGUUACCUUCUCGUUGUGCUUCCAGAGCCUCAUACCGCGCAACAUAAAGAUCUCAUCUUGAACCGCCUCUCGAAAGGUUUCCUGUCAUGGGACAAAGACAGUUGCCACGUAGAUUUAGAAAAAGAGUUGCUGGCGCUGGUGGCGCAAGCACCGGAAGGGGAAGAAGCUCGGAACGGCGAACGACUGAUCCAAUACGCUACCGAGAAUCUUGUUACGGAAGUUCUCAUUCACCCGCAAACAAACACAUUAUUACAAUGUAUCCGCAACCUUCUCGCGAGUUUCACGAAACAUCGACACAUCAUACACGCCGGCUAUACCUUCGGUGGAAAUGGUUCCUGGAUACUGCAAGAUGGAACCUUCAGCAUCGCCGACUUUUUGGACGCGUUCAGCGAACACGAAGUGCAGAGAGUGCUUCGGGCUUACGAGAACAGCGUUACGGUGGACAUUCAUUGCGCGGGUGUUGGCGAUUGGACGACAAACCGGCUGUCGAAAGAAGUUUGCACCAGGUCCUGCAGAGUCCGAGUAAAUCCCGAUGACGUUCUCACCGCCGGGGUACCGGCGAUCGCGAGCUUCACCAACUACAUCGGGCAGUACCUCGUCGCCCAAACUCUGGAUCAGCUCAUGGAGCCAUCCGACGUUGUGGGCAACAUCCGAUUCAGUCAUCCAACGUUAUACGUCUUCCCGGGCGGACAAGGGGACGCCGCCCUUUUCGGCAUAAACGGUUUUAAUAUGCUCGUGGACGGAGGUUUUGCAAGAAAGGCUUGUUUCUGGGACUUCACCAGGCACUUGGACCGCCUCGACGCGGUUUUAGUCACUAGAAUAAAUAACAGCAACGUUGGAGGCAUGGUCAGCGUUGUUCGUAAAAAGAAGGAGAUGCACGUUUAUCCUCAGAUCGGCCACUUCUUCUGCAAUCUAGUCGAGAGAAGGCAAUCCAAUUCACCGGACGGCGACAAAGACAUCGACCCCCUAAUUCUGAACCUCACCGACAUAGGACAGGAGAUGGUCGUGAAUCUUCGGCACAUUAAUCUGCGAGCGCAUCCGUGCUACAGGGAUCCCGAUCCGAUUAAUUUGUACCACAAAGUGGGCCACGGCACCCUGGACAUGUACGUUCUCAGCCCGAACAAAGACAGCCGCGAAGUGAGAGAAUUUCUAGCGAAAUGGCACUCGUGCGACUCGAAAUUGUUCGCGGGAUCUCACAAGAAGGACUCGAACAAUCCAACGUUCCCAAUACAAAACCUGGUCUCGAUAUGCGUUCUUUUGGUGUGGCAACCGGCCAAUCCCGAGGACACCAUUACGAGGAUCCUGUUUCCCGGAAGUACGCCUCAGCACAAGAUCUUCGAAGGUUUCGAACGGCUGAAGCACUUGGAGUUCCUGAAGCACCCGGUCUGUUCCGCGAAGAGCCUCUCCCCGUCCACGUCCUUGGCGACUCUGCGGGACAAACCGGCCAAGCAAAAGUUGAGCCUGAUCGACAAGGAGCCGACGAAGAAGCUGUCGGACGCGAAGAAGGAGAAGAAAGACGCGGCCGACGUGAAGGCAGUGAAAGGUGGCGACGACUCGCAUCCGAAAAGCAUAAUGCAGAGCGCGCCGAUCAUACCUACCAAACCGCAGCCGGCUAAGAUCGAGGUGAAAGCCAAGAAGGCUGCGGAGAACAGAAAGAUCGAAGUGGAGGGAAAGGAAGCGAAGGAGAGCAAGAAAAUCGAGAAGGAAUUGAGGGAGGUCAAGAAGGAGGUUCCUAGGAGAGACGCCGGGAAAUUGGAGAAACAUGCAGCGGAGAAGCAGACGGAGAAGCCGGACAAGAUGGAGGAGAAAGGCGAGAAACGCGAGGAGGAUGGCGUUAAAAAGGAACCAACGACGAAAUCGGAGUCGGAGAAGCUCCCGCCGAAGAUAAAGAGCGAGUCGAAGAAGAAAGAGUCGAAGGAAGCGAAAGUGGGGGUUAAGAUCGGUAAAACCGAGGCGACGCUUAAACCGAAACCGUCCGACAAGAAGCCGAAACAGUCGACGGACAGGAAGGACACCGGUCUCGUGAAGUCGUCGCCGACCACGCCGAAGAAAACCGUGAACGGAGUCGCGACCAAGACGGAGAUAUCGAAAGUGAGCGUGCCGAGGAAGCCAGGUCUCAAGACCACGACAGCGCCACCGCCGGCGAAGAGCGCGAAAGAUGCGAACAAUAGGAAAGUCGUGGAACAGAAGAACAUCGAGAAAUCCGGAAUAAAAGAGACGGCAGUCGCCGCGGUUAAGGUGUCGGCGAAGCCGAAACUGAUGGACCGCAAGCCGAUAGCUCGCCGAGGUAAACCUGUCAGCCCUAGCAAAGCUCGCGUGCCGGGCAGUCCCGCGAAAUCGACGCGUAGCACGCCGACCACUUCCGUGAAAUCCGACAAGGACGGUGUAAUUCGCAGAGCGAAGGGCGACAAGGGCACCACCGACUCGUCCACGGUGUCCACGCCGUCCGGAAUCGAACCGGAAACGGCGGCCGCCGCCGCUGCCGCGGAGGCCGAAGCAGCAAGGCUCGCCGACAAGAGCCUGAUCGAGAAGUCGGAGGACAUUUCGUUGGAUUCCAUCGAGAGCAAAGUUCUCGCUGACCUGAAGGAAGAGCGAGAGGUCGUCGAAGAGAUCGAGGCUGUGCUUCAGAAAGCGGAGAGGAUAGAGGAAACGAGAAAAGACGAUCGCUUCGAGGGCGACGACGAGAUCACCGCGGAAGUGACCGACAAGAAAGAGGAGGACAUCACGGAGGAGGACGUGACCGCCGAGAUCGAGGACGCGCCAAAGAAGGAUAGUUUGAGGAAGGGAAGCCAGGAGCUGACCGAAGAGGACGAGUACCUGAUCGUCGAGAAGGAAGAGGUUUACACGGAGGAUUCAGUUCAGAGCGGCGAGGGCGAGCAGAAGCACGUUCUCGACGAGGCGGAAUCCGAGAAGGCGAAGAUACUGAAGGACGCGGAACUGGCGAAGGAAAAAGCUCUCGAAGAAGGUGAGGAAGAGGAAGAGGAGGAGGAGGAAGAGGAAGAAGAAGGCGAGGAAGAAGAAGAGAUCGAGGAGAAAGAAAAGGACGAAAGCGCGGAGAAAAGGACGUCCAUAGACAUCAAAGCGGAAAUGGUAUCGAAGAUCGAGAAGGAGCCAUCGCCAGAAAUAACCUCACCGGAUCAACGAGAAAAAUUAGAAGAAGAAACGAAAGAAACAGUCGUAUCCCCAGCGGAGAGCACGCCGAAGCCCGAAGAGAAGGAUGACUCCGGUAAAAAGGACAGCGAAGACAUCACAAAAGAACCGUCUAGCUUGAGUCCGGACAAGCUGGAUUCCUCCGAGAAGAAAACCACGGACACCGAUCUGAAGCCAGAAGUCGACCAAAAGGAGCAAGUACCUUCUCAGAAGUUGGAGGAAUCGCAGGAACGAAUCUCGACGAUAGAAUCCGGCGCCACGACGACGGCGCCGACGCUUCCGGAAGAUGAGCGAAUACCUCUCGACGAGAUCAAGGAGGACAUCGAUGAGAAACACAUAAUCGAGGAUGUUAAGGAGAAAGACGUGCCACCGGCGAAAAUCAAAGAAGAGGCUCCCGCCGACGUCGGCGUCGCUCCCGUCGACGUCGUCGCCCCGCGAGUUUCCCCUCCCGCCGUCGCGAAACCCGACGUACCCAUUUUCGAAGUCCGGCAAGCCGUUCAGGGCUUGCAGCGCGACAUCGUGAAAACUCCGGACGAGGUCGCCGAUUUACCCGUCCACGAAGAGGUGGACCCGAAAUUAUACAGAAUGGAGGACUUCGAGAAGGACAAGGACGAGAAACCUACGCCGCAAGCCAAAGAACCACCGACACCUCCGAUCAAAGAACAAAAAGGCGUGUUCAGCUUCUUCGGCAAGGUCGCAGAUAAAUUCGAGAAGGGUAUAGACAAGCUGACCAAGAAGUCGAAGAAGGACCCGGAGAAGGACGCCGACGACAAGUCGUCUUCCAAGUCUAGCUCGCCGAAGGAGGCGAAGCCGCACGAGAAAACUCUCCUCGAGGACGUCGACAUGGACAAAAUGUUCCCGAAAGUGGUGAAGCCUAGCGAGAAAAUGGAAACUCCCGGUGAAAUACAGCGAAAGGUUAGCGACGUGAAGUCUGUUGAUAUUAAAGAAACCGUUGCGUUCCUGCAGAGCGAGAUCAAGGAAGCGGGAGUGUCUGCCGCGACGGAAAUUGUUAAAGAUGCGGUGGUUGAUAUCGUCGAUAAAGUUACAUCAGUCGAUAAACCGGUCGAUAAAGCAGAGCCCGCUGCCAAGGCUGAGACUGUACCAGCGGAGCUUGAGAAAAAAGAGGAGCCGGUGACGAAGGAAGACAGCUAUGUUCCGACUAAAGAAGAAGAGGUUAAAAAGGACACAAAGGAAGAAAAGGGAGACACCUCUCAAGUUUCAAAGAAACCCUCGAAGAGGACCAAGGAAGGUUCCAGAGAUUCCCUCGAGUCCUUAGAAGACGAGCUCGCCGGGGCAUCUCGUGGUGCGGCACCCGUCAAGGACGUCGUCAGGGACACCCUCGACGGCGUGGUGGAGAAAUUAGAAGAGAUGCAGCCGCAAAGCGAGACUUCCUCCCCGGUCACUAAAGAAACGGAGAGAGCGAAGUUCGACGUUCAGAGGGACGAGGACUUCGAAGCGGAUUACGAGGAAGAAGAGGAAGAGGAAGUCACCGGCGCCGUGAGAGAUUUUAAAGAGGCAGUGCGCGACGUGGGUGAGGUCCUCGCGGGAACGGUUGGCAUCGAUAUAGACAAACCUAAAGACGUGACGGAGAUCGUGAAGAAAGUCGCCGAAGUUUUGAAAGAGGACGAUUUCCUUUCGCACAAGGCACUGUUCGGCGAGGCACCGGUCGAGCGAAAGGAAGCGGUACCGAUCGCGAAGUCCCCAGUUCUCGAGGACGCGAAGCGCGACGAGAAGGUCGCCGUAAUGCCGACCAAAGUCGGCAUCACCGAGGAGUUCCCCCAGCAAGAAGAAGUCGAGGAGCUCAUCGAAGGAACCGCGGCGUCCGUCCCGAUUCCGAUCCCGGCCUACAAACCCGACGCGAUGCGAGUGCACGAGGAGCCUUGCGUGAAAGUGACCAAAAAGACCGAAGCGUCUCCGAUGGCGUCUCCGAUCGCAUCCCCGAAGGACGAUCGCGAUGUAAAGGACAUCUGCGCGGAACUGUUGAAAGAAGAUCCGGUCUGUAAAUUGAAGCCAGCGGAGGAGCCUUCGAAGGAGGUUGACGUGAUGGAGGCUGGAUUGGAGGACGUGUGCGUGAAGGAAGUCGCGAAGACGCCGUUGUCUGACGAGGAGAAGAUCCCGGAAGGAACAGAGGAGCCCAUAGGCUUCGAUCAGAAGAUCGCGCCGGCGAAGGCGGAAAUCGUGACGGUUUCGCCCGGCUCCACGCCGACGUCGCCGAAAUUUGUAACCGAUAAACUCUACGAGAGCAAAGAACCCGCUGCCGAGCUGUCCGCUGAGAUAAAAGCCAUCGUGGACAGAGUGGACCGCGUGGUGGAAGAGAUCAUCGAGGAACUCGUUACGAAAAGAAAGAAGAUCACCAUCGAGAUCAUCGAGUACAUCACGACGGUCAAGCGCGUCCCGAGGGAGCGCGUUAUUUACAUCAUCGAAGAGAUUAUUGUGAGGAAAGGGCUGUCCCGAGAGGACGUCGUCGAUAAUGUGGAGAUAUUUAAAGUCGAGGAAUCCAUUACGCCUCAGCUUCGAACGGAACUGGAGGAGUAUAUCAUUAAUGAAUACGUGACCAAAGGAAAGCGCAUCACCAUCCGAAUAGUCGAGGAGAUCUCCGUUAGAAUGAUGGUCCCGAAAACGAUUAUUAUUCGAAUUAUUCAAGAAAUUAUUCUCAAGAAGCACAUGUACGUACCUACGGACGGGAUAUUCGAAGCCGAGUCGGAACUAGUGGAGGAUAAACGAGAGGAAACGGUGUCGAAAGUGGACUCCAAGAAAAUGGAGGAGAAAUUACCCGAAGCGGCAGAACCCGAAGAGCAUCCAGAAGAAGAGGACAUCGAAGAGGACGUCGAAGAGGACGUUGAAGAGGACGGCUUUGUCACAAUUAGUAGAAAGGUUUCGAAAGAAACGAUCGACGCUAAGAAGAAAGCGGCUGUCGAUAAAGCGGAAGAAGCGAAACGAGGCACCGGAAAGGAACACGAGAAAGACGUCACCGAUGAUUUCGAGGCUGUCGAGCAAGAAUACAAAGUACACGACGUGACAAUGUCCUCUUCCCAAAGAGCGUCGCGAGGCGCCUCUCCGGAUUGGGAUGAAAACAAGGAGAACGAGUACGCGGAAGAAGCCAUCGAAGACAGAAACGUGUUGGGAACGGACGCGUCUAGAUUGAUGGACGCUAUCGAAAAGUACGCAGUACCGGACGCGAAACCUUCCGCGGUCGCUGAAAUCGCCGCGACGAGAAAAGAAUCCGUGGAACAGAUUACGAAAGUGCUCGAAGAAGCGAAAGAGAAACCGUCGGAUGUUAAACCAACGUCCCCUGAGAAAGUAGAUAAAGCUGAGGUCGCUGGAGUCGUAGAAGAGAAAUCUAAGGAAGAAGCAAAAGAGGAGAAGCCUAAGGAGGAAGCACCGACGAAACCGGAAGUGAAACUAGCGGAUGCUACGGGGAGGCCAGCCGAACCGAAACCAGAAUUAAUCGGUCACCCCGAGAAAGAGGAUCGAGAGAAGGAAGAGGAAGAUAAGACAGCCGACGAGAAGGAUUCGAAAGAGGCAGUCUCUGUUCGAGAAGAAAAAGGUAUGGAAUCUUCCAAGGAUGUGUCGGUCAUCGUCGAAGUGGCGCCGAGGACGGAGGAGGACACGGGAUCCGUGCGACGAAUGUUGGUCACAGCGAGCAGCGAGGACGGCGGCCACGAGACGGAAAUUUGUCCAACCGGAAGUAUCACGUUCACCAAGACGCUUACACCCGACGAUUCCCUCAAAGACGCGUCUAUAAAGUCGACGCCUGAUAAGGAUUCCUUGCUUCUAGACAAAGACUCGUUGCAUUCCGGCAUAAGUAGUCCGGAGAAGGAUAGCAUCUCCGAGAAAUCCGCACCCGGAAUGAAGGAUGUCGGGAAAGUUACGCCCGAGGACAGCUUGGACAAGUCGCCGAUAGACAGGCGCGAUUCCCAGGAUCUCGAAGAUAGUCUCGAGAAGAUGGCCGCUGGCAAGUCGAAGGAAGCUUCUCCAGAAGCGCCAAAGUCCCCGCAACAAGCGGACCGAGUCGAACCUCCUAGCGAAAUGCCUGCUAAAACGUCGGUAAAGGAGGCACCACUAGACGCGUUUACCGACGCGGAAACUUCCCAGACAGCCCUGGAAUCGAUAACGGCGUCCAAGUCCCCCGACUCGGCUCGCUCGGGAGACGUUUCGCCGGCCGAAACUAUUCUCGCGAAGUCGCCGACAGAGAAGGACCUUCCGAAAACCUCCGUCGCGGCGAAACCCGAUAAAGAAGUGAUACCGACUGAAAUAAAAGAAACUACCGUGAAAGACACGGGUAAGAUUGAAUCCCCGAGCGAUAAAGAACAGGAAAAAGAAACGACAACGACUGAAAUGAAAGAAAUUGCUGUCGAGGAUACGGGGAAGAUUAAAUCUCCGAGCGAUAAAGAACAGGAAAAAGAGAUCGAAGGUAAGUCGCGCGAGAAGACUCCCGAGUUACCGACGAAAGAGGAGAAGGAAACGGGUGAGAUCGCGAAGCGUCCGAGUAUCGACACUACAGAAGACAAGAAAUCCGUGGCUAGGUCUAAGUCACCCAGCCCUUCUGAUGAUAAAAUAGAGGAGAAGAAAUCUGUAGAAUUGCCUGCGGGUGAAGAAGAAUCCGAUCGGGAGAAACCGACCGAAGGCUCGCGGCCACCUAGCGUCGAAAAGGAAUCGGUCGAUAAAGUCGACUCGCCGACCGUCGCAGACAAAUCGCGAUCACUCAGUAUAACGAGCGUUCACGAAGAGGUCAAGGACUCGGUGCACGCUUCGAAAUCCCCGAGUAUCGCCGGGGAGAAAGCCGAUUUGAAAGACGUCGACGAAAAGGCGAUUGACAAAUCGCGAUCGCCCAGCGUUCCGAUCGAUUCCAAGGAGUCGGAUCGCUCGAAAUCGCCGAGCAUCGCGAGCGAGAAAGACCUCGGAGACGUCACGCAGGCACCGGAUAAAUCGAGAUCGCCCAGCGUGGCGAGCAUUCCGGUCGAUUCCAAAGCCUCGAGCGUUACUACCGAGAAACCCGAUUUAAAGGAUAUUGAUGAUAAGGCGGACGAUAAAGCGGUUGAUAAGUCUCGAUCGCCUAGCGUAGCGAGUGUGGCCAGCGACGUGAAAGAGGCAAAGGAUCUGAAAGGCGCUGUGGAGAAAGAAUUGGAGAAAUCCAGAUCGCCUAGCUUGACGAUGGCCGACGGUUCGAAGUCUCCGAGCAUCGCCGGAGAAAAAAUCGACGUCACGGAUAUUGAGCGAUUGAUCGACGCGACGGAAUCGGUUACCGACGACGAAAAGUUGAUCGUUCGCGGGAAACGGGACCUGCGAGACGUCGAAGAGAAAGCAGACGAUAAAUCUAGAUCGCCCAGUCUGACUACCGGUUUGCCUGACGAGUCCGCGGACGUAGCUGAUCGGUCGAAAACACCGAGCGAGAAAGAGUUAUCCGACAAAUCAAAGUCGCCAAGCGUUGCCCGCGAACUCUCCGAUUUAAAGGACGUCGACGAAAAAGGAACAGAAAAGUCCAGGUCGGCUAGCGCGAGUCCCGGCGUGGAGGACAAAGGAAUUCCGGACCAUUCGAAAUCGCCGAGCAUUGCAGGCGAGGUAAUCGACUCGAAACAUCUCGAUGAAAAAGAGAUCGAAAAAUCGAGAUCCCCUAGCGUGGCGAGCGUCGCAGGCGAGCCUAAGACCGUGGAUCGUUCGAAAUCUCCCAGCGUCGUUAGCGAACUAUUAGAUUUGAAAUAUGAGGAUAAGGAGAGCGAUAAAGUUAGCUCUCCUAGCGCGAUCGGCGCUCCAGGGGAGCUUAAAGGAGUAACCGAUCGUGAACGAUCGCCUAGCGAGAAGUCCGAGUCUAAGGAUGUCGACGAGACGGUAGACGAGCCUAAAUCACCCGGAACGGAGAUUCCGAAGACACCCAGUACCACGCCUGAAAAGCCCGAGGUUAAAGACAUCGGUGAGAAAACAGACAAGUCUAGAUCGCCUAGUGUAAUGGAAUCUCCCGAGGAAUCCAAAGACGCGAAGGAUCGUUCCAAGUCUCCCAGUAUCGCCGACGAAAAAGUCGAUUCGAAGGACGUCCACGAGGAGACGGUAGAAAAAUCUAGGUCGCCUAGUGUAAUAAGCGUUCCUGGGGACACGAAAGAAACGACGGAUCGAUCCAAGUCACCGAGCAUUGCUGGAGAAAUAACCGAUUCGAAGGAUGUCGAAAAAUCCAGAUCGCCUAGCAUCGCUGGAGAAAAGCCUGAUCUGAAGGACAUCGAUGAAAAAGAUAUUGAAAAAUCGAUUGAGAAAUCUAGGUCGCCUAGCGUUACUGGAGAAUUGAAAGAAGCAGACCGAUCGAAAACGCCGAGCGUCGCUAGUGAGAAGCCUGAUUUGAAGGACGUCGAUGAAAAAUCGGUUGAGAAAUCUAGAUCGCCUAGCGUUACUGGAGAACCAACAGUAACAGAUUUAUCGAAACCGUCGAGCGUCGCUAGUGAGAAGCCUGAUCUGAAGGACGUCGAUGAAAAAUCGGUUGAGAAAUCUAGAUCGCCUAGCGUUACUGGAGAAUUGAAAGAAACAGACCGAUCGAAACCGUCGAGCGUCGCUAGUGAGAAGCCUGAUCUCAAGGAUGUCGACGAAAAAUCGGUUGAAAAAUCUAGAUCGCCUAGUGUUACCGGAGAUUUGAAAGAAACAGACCUAUCGAAACCGUCGAGCGUCGCUAGUGAAAAUGAGAAGCCUGAUUUGAAGGACGUCGAUGAAAAAUCGGUUGAGAAAUCUAGAUCGCCUAGCGUUACUGGAGAAUUGAAAGAAGCAGACCGAUCGAAAACUCCGAGCGUCGCUAGUGAGAAGCCUGAUUUGAAGGACGUCGAUGAAAAAUCGGUUGAAAAAUCUAGAUCGCCUAGCGUUACUGGAGAACCAACAGUAACAGAUUUAUCGAAACCAUCGAGUGUCGCUAGUGAAAAGCCUGAUCUGAAGGACGUCGAUGAAAAAUCGGUUGAAAAAUCUAGAUCGCCUAGCGUUACUGAAGAACCAACAGUAACAGAUUUAUCGAAACCAUCGAGUGUCGCUAGCGAAAAGCCUGAUCUGAAAGAUGUCGACGAAAAAUCGGUUGAGAAAUCUGUUGAGAAAUCUAGAUCACCUAGCGUUACUGGAGAACCAACAGUAACAGACCUAUCGAAACCAUCGAGCGAAAAGCCUGAUUUGAAGGACGUCGACGAAAAAUUGGUAGAAAAAUCUAGAUCACCAAGCGUCGCAAGCACGAUCGCCGAACCGGAAGAAUCGAAGGAUCGUUCCAAGUCGCCUAGCGUCGCCCUGGAAAAAUCUGAAGAAAUCGACGAAAAAUCAAUUCGCGAAAGUAAAUCGCUCAGCGCGGUGAGCUCUCCCAUCGACGCGAAAGAAACCAUACAGCAUUCUCGAUCACCGAGUAUCGCCGGCGAUAAGUCCGAUUUAGAAGCCGUCGAUGAGAAGACGUUUGAUAAAUCUAGGUCACCGAGUGUCGCUGGCGAAAAGACUGAUUCGAAGGAGACGGAGAAAUCUAGAUCGCCAAGCGUGACAACCGUCGCCGAUGAAAUGAAAGACGCGCUGGAUCGUUCCAAGUCGCCGAGCACGACACCGGAGAAACCCGACGCGAAGGAAGCCGAGGAAAAAGCGAUCGAUAAGUCUAGAUCACCGAGCGUGAAAUCCAGAUCGCCGAGCGUAUCAGCGGAGACCAAAGAAAGCAUCGAUCGCUCGAAAUCACCGAGCGUCGCCGGUGGAAUUGGCGAAUUGAAAGACGACGAAAAGGCGAUCGACAAGUCGAAAUCGCCUAGCGUGGCAAGCUCUCCGGAUGAAACAAAAGGAACUAUGGAUCAUCCCAAGUCGCCGAGUCUUGCUGGGGAGAAGAUCGACGCGAAAGAUGUUGAAGAAAAAGGGGUUGAGAAAUCUAGAUCGCCGAGCAUUGCUGGUGAAAUUGCCGAUCUGAAAGACGUUGAUGAAAAAGCAACCGCGAAGUCGAAAUCGCCAAGCAUUGCUAGUGAGAAGCCUGAUACGAAAGAUGUCGACGAGAAGGAGAUCGAUAAAUCUAGAUCGCCAAGCAUUGCUGGUGAAAUUGCCGAUCUGAAGGACGUCGACGAAAAGGCGAUCGACAAGUCGAAAUCGCCAAGCGUCGCUAGUGAGAAGCCUGAUACGAAAGAUGUCGACGAGAAGGAGAUCGAUAAAUCUAGAUCGCCGAGUGUUGCGAGCGUUGCUGGCGAAACGAAAGACGUUUCGGAUCAUUCUAAAUCCCCAAGCGUCGCUAGCGAGAAACACGACUUGAAGGAAGUUGACGAGAAGACUAUUGAUAAAUCGAGAAGCCCGAGUUUGAUAAGUCCGAUCGGUGGGAAACCUGACUUGAAAGAAGUAGAAGAGAAGGCUAUCGAUAAAUCGAGAAGCCCGAGUUUGAUAAGUCCGACCGGCGGGAAACCCGACUUGAAGGAUGUUGACGAGAAGACUAUUGAUAAAUCUAGGUCCCCGAGCGUGGCCGGCAUAACUAUUGAAAAACCUGACCUAAAGGUCGUCGAUGACAAAGCAAGCGACAAGUCGAAAUCGGCUAGCGCAACUAGCUCUCCGGGCGAAACUAAAGAAACGAUGGAUCAUUCGAAGUCGCCGAGCCUCGCUGGCGAAAAGAUCGAUGUAAAAGAUGUCGAAGAGAAAGAGGUAGAGAAAUCCAGAUCGCCGAGCAUGGCUAGCGAGAAGCCCGAUAUGAAAGACGUGGAUGAGAAGGAGACCGGAAAAUCUAGGUCGCCGAGCGUAGCCGGUGAACCAAAAGAAUCCAUGGAUCACGCAAAAUCUACGAUCGUUAGUGACGAAAAGUCUGACAUGAAAGAUGCAGAGGACAAGACGAUCGAGAAAUCGAGGUCGCCCAGCUUGACGAUCGCGUCUGAUCGUUCCAAGUCGCCGAGUCCCGAAGAGAAACUCGAUUCGAAGGAUGUGGACGAGAAAGCGAUCGACAAGUCUAGAUCGCCUAGCGUGACGAGCUCGAUCGGCGAAUCGAAAGACGCAAAAGAUCGUUCGAAAUCUCCUAGCGUCGUCGGUGAGAAGCCUGAUUCGAAAGAUGCUGAUUCGAAGGAUGUCGAGGAGGAGGUAAUUGCAAAAUCUAGAUCAUCUAGCGUGAUAAGUGUUCAUGGAGACGCGAAGGAAACAACGGAUCGAUCGAAAUCCCCGAGCACUACUACCGAAAAGCCUGACUUGAAGGAUGUCGAAAUUGUUGACAAAUCCAGAUCGCCUAGCGUAGUUAGCCCUGGGGAAUCUAAAGGAGUCCUGGAUCAUUCGAAAUCGCCCAGCAUUGCCGGAGAAAAGUCUGAUACUAAGGAUGUCGAGGAGAUAGUUGGAAAAUCUAGAUCAUCUAGCGUGAUAAGCGUUCCUGGAGACGCGAAAUCACCGAGCACUACUACCGAAAAGCCCGACUUGAAAGAUGUCGAAAUAAUUGACAAAUCCAGAUCGCCUAGCGUAGUUAGUCCUGGCGAGUCUAAAAGAGUCCUGGAUCACUCGAAAUCGCCCAGCAUCACUACCGAGAAACCGGAUUUAAAGGAUGUCGAUGAGAAGGCAGGUGAAAAAUCCAGAUCUCCUAGCGUCACGAGUUCUAUUGCUGUAGCAAAGUCCGAUUCACCGGAUGUCGAUGAGAAGGCAGGUGAAAAAUCUAGGUCACCUAGCGUGACAUCCGCUCCUAUGGAUCAUUCGAAAUCGCCCAGCAUCACUACCGAAAAACCGGAUUUAAAGGAUGUCGAGGAGAAGGCAGGUGAAAAAUCCAGAUCUCCUAGUGACACAAGUCCUAUUGCUGUAGGAAAGUCUGAUUCACCGGAGGUCGAUGAGAAGGUAGGUGACAAAUCUAGAUCGCCUAGCGUGACAUCCGCUCCUAUGGAUCAUUCCAAGUCACCCAGCAUCACUACCGACAAACCCGACCUAAAGGAUGUUGACAAGUCCAGAUCUCCUAGCAUCGCGAGUCCUGUUGCUACAGAAAAGUCUGAUUCACCGGACGACAAAAUAAGUGAAAAAUCUAAAUCACCUAGCGUGGCUCCUGUGGAUCAUUCCAAGCCACCCAGCAUCACUACCGAGAAACCGGAUUUAAAGGAUGUUGACGAUAAAGCGAUUGACAAAUCUAGAUCUCCAAGCAUCGCGAGUCCUUCCGCUGUAGGAAAGUCUGAUUCGCCCGACGACAAGACAUUUGAUAAAUCUAGAUCUCCCAGCGUGACAAGUAUCUCUGGAGAGCCCAAAGAAGCACCGGAUCAUUCCAAGCCACCCAGCACUACCACCGAGAAACCCGACCUAAAGGACAUCGACGAUAAAGCAGUUGACAAAUCCAGAUCUCCUAGCAUCGCGAGUCCUGUUGCUACAGAAAAGUCUGAUUCGCCUGACUACAAAGUUGAAAAAUCUAGAUCUCCUAGCGUGACCGCUCCUGUGGAUCGUUCCAAGUCGCCCAGCGUCACCCCCGAGAGACCCGACUCGAAGGACAUCGACGAUAAAGCGACCGACAAGUCUCGAUCCGCCAGCGUAAUUAGCAUUCCCGCCGUUUCCGAAGGGACGAUGGAUCACUCGAAGUUUGUGAGUAUCUCCGACGAAAUGCUCGGUCUAAAGGACCUCGAUGAAAAGGUCCUCGACAAGUCGAGAUCGCCGAGUGCGACGAGCGUCUCCAGCGACUUCAAAGACGCCACGGAUCGUUCCAAGUCUCCUAGCGUUCGCGAAGACGAGGUCGAUCUAAAAGACGUCGAUGCGAAGGAGGAUAAAUCGAAAUCACCUACCGACGCGAAACCUAGCGACGCGAAAGAGUCCAAAGUGCCUACCGAUCGAUUCGCGUCCACCGAUCCUAAAGAAGCUGCGGAAGGAAGAUCCGAAACGCUCAAGGAAUCUCCUGAUAAAUCGCAGGAUGAUACCAAGCUACCAAGCUCCCCGGUCGGAGAGCAGACACCUAAAGACAGAUCUCGAUCGCAGAGCGUCCAAUAUACCGGAGAUAAGACGCCCUUGACCAGGUCUAGAGCUGCGAGUAUAUACCAAGAAAAGACAUCUGCUACCGAGACUGACGUGGUUCGAGAGGAAGCGGAGUCCUUCGCCCAUAUGGACCCAAGGAAAUCCUUCGACGAGAAGAAAACUCCUGACUGGUCGUUCAAGGACUCUACCGGGAUCGGCAUUGCCGCCACAAAAGUGAUUGAAAAAGAGCUGGGAAUUAUCGGCAGCACGGACGAAGGCGACGCUACCGGUUUCGGUACCAGAAAGGACAUCGAUCGGGACGACGAACGAGAGGAGGACAUCGUCAGAGUGACUGCUGAGAAACAAGCUGAUAUCGAGAAGUAUAUCUUGGAGGAGUACAUACGAAAGAGAAGGAAGAUCACGACGAGCGUGAUAGAAGAAAUAGUUAUGGUUUAUUCUGUCCCAGAGUUCGUGGUGACGGAUAUCAUAGACACGGUUACUUCAAGGGAGAACGUACGCAGAGAAUCGAUACUAGAUUUCGAUGUACAAAAACAACCUGCGAAAGACACGAAAAUACCCGCGAUCGAUCCCAGGGAACUAUCCAACGUCGAAAAUUAUAUAACGCAUGAAUUCGUCGCGAAAGGUAAGAAAAUUACGAUGGCCAUUUUCGAUGAAAUUUCGAGAGCGAGGAACGUACCGCGAGCGAUUCUCAGGACCAUCAUCGAGGAGAUCGUCGCGAAGAGGAAGCUCGAGAGGAGUUGGGUGAUGGACAGCGAGGUGGAGAAACUGGAAGAGGAGAAGCCAACGCCGAAAGGUUUCCUCGAGCUUCGGUACAGAGAGAAGAGAGGCGAUUCGAGGAGUCCUAGCUUGUGUUCCGAUAAAUCCACCCUGGACAGUCCCGCUCGCUCCGAGCCGCACAUCGACGAGGAAAUUUCGAUAUCCGAAGAAAAGAGAUCGGAGAUCGAGAGACUCCUAGAAGAAGACUACAUAAAGAAAGCGAAGAGAAUCACGGAGGAGAUCUUGGAGGAAGUGAUCGUUAGGACGCGUUUGCCCCGGUACAUCAUUUUGGAGAUAAUAGAGGAAGUGAUCGCGAAGAAGAAACUCUCGAGAGAUCUCGUGAUCGACGCGGAGAUCUAUCAAGACGGAGCCGACGAGAGUUAUGAAAAGGACGAUUACAGAUACGAGAAGUCGCCGGAGCCUCGUUUCGAGCUCGCCGACGACGGAACGAAGUCGUCGUACGGUUACAAAGAGUACAAGAGUACAACCGAGUACUCGGAAGGCCGCGAUAAAGAGACGUCGAUUUCCGAUUACCCGGUGAGUUACGAGAGCCAGUUCCACAAAGCGUUCCUAGCAGGAAUGACAGAGAUACGCACGACUCACAUCACGACGCUUUCGGGGAAAUCGACGCCGGACGUGACCCGGGACGGGACGCCGGACUCGACUUCCGAACCCACAGCUUCCACAGUCGAGAAGGCCGAAGAUAAAUUCGCGGAAAGUAAAUCGUCCGACAAAAUCCCCACGGUAACACAGAAACCUACCGCGUCCCCUACAGAACAGCCCAAAUCAACGCAAAUAGUCACCGUAUUGAAGGAGAGCAAGAUCGGAGAAACGGAAGUCUCGGACAAAGCCGGGAAGUUAACGGAGUCGGACGUCCGAGCAGACUCCGACGAAGAAUUCCACGACAAAGUAAUCGUGGUUAAAAAGAUCGUGAAGCGGGAAGUGGUGGACCAACAAGAGCCCGAAAUUAUUUCGGAGACCGUGACCAAACGAGAGAUUCCAGCCGAAGGCGAUCCCGAAACGAUUCGAAAAAUUAUAAAGCGAGAGAUCAUCGAGCAGGACGAUCCGGUGGUGAUCACGAAGGUGAUCAAACGCGAAAUCGUCGUCUCCGAUGACGAAAUCGGGGAUAAGGACGCGGAAAGAAUAAGAGGAACCGCGACCGAGGUUCCGGAAACGAUCGAAACGAUAACUAAGACGAAGAAAAUUGUGAUUACCGAAGAGACGUCUGGCGACAAGUCAAGUUCGUCGAGCACGGACGCAAAAGUAACAAGUGGAGUGACUCCCGCAAAGGAAUCUAUCAAAGAAAGCGAGAAAUCGAAGCAAGAGGAAGGAACCGAAGACUCGAAGCAGAAGGACAAGUGCCCGAUGUCCCCUCUCGUACGCGACAUCGUCUCCGACAUCGCCAGUGGUAGCGGUCAAUCCUACGGCUCCGGAAGGUCCACGCCCGACAGAAGGUCCGAAGGCAGAUCCUUGACCGGAACGCCGGAAGGUUUCCGAUCGGGCGAAGUAAUCAGAACCAUCAUCACCACGACGAAAACGGUUUCGGACGACGGCGAGAUCGUGACGACGACCAAAGAGGUCACGGAGACGACGAACGAGAAAGGCGAGACGGUGAUUCUAACGGAGAAGAUGGACGUUAAAGUAGACGAGUACCUGCCUAGCAAAGACGCGGCGGAAUCCGCGAUCAGCAGUAUCAUCGGUAGCAUCAAGUCGUCCGAGGGACACUCGUCUACUAGUCAGUACCCGAGUGGAUACUUGAAGGAGGAUUCGUCGGUUGGAUUCUCGGCGGCUGCGAUGAGUAGCAGCUUCUACGGCGAGUUGCCCGCUGUUCCGCCUCAGAUCAGUGCCAUGAAGACAUUCCAGGAGGAUGUUGGUAGCAGCAUCCGCCAAAGCAGCGGACCUAUUCCGAUACCCAGUGAUUACGCGUCGAAGAUAUUCACGGUAGAAAAGGAGUACGCAGGUGGAUAUGAAGAGAAACCGGAUCCGAAGAGGUACGUCGACGAGGCAGAUCUGGAUUUUGAGAAAGCCCUGAUGGAACAUAGGGAGAUGAAAGAAGCGACCGAGUCGCUGGGUAGAGGACUGUCGCCGAGAUACACGAACGGCAGUGCCCGAAGAGACGUCAAGGACGACGCCGCGGAUGAGAGUGGCGAGGAUGCGAAACCAGACUCGAAGAAGGACCCGCUGGAGGGUUGGGGGACACCGUUGGGUCUUCCGUCUCCUAAACCGCCGCGGAAGUUCAACUUGAUGAAGGCCCCGGUGCCAGCUGCGACAUCGAACGAACUUGGAACGACGACCGACGACGACGCUUCGCGAAACUUCGACGCCACCGUCGACUGGGGAGAACCCCUCAGGUUACCUUCUCCGACACCUGUGAGCAAUGAGAUCUCGAACAAAGGCACUCCGAGCACGCCCAAGAAGGAGAAGAAGCAAGCGAGGAAGGUCUUGUCCGAGAAUCUGAAGAAUAAAAAGCGCUCGGAGAGCCCGGGAAAGAACGAUAAGAAGAUGAAAGACUCGAAGAAUAAAGUUCAACCGGUGUACGUGGAUUUGACGUACGUGCCUCAUCACGGGAACUCUUAUUACACGUCGUUGGACUUCUUCAAGAGAGUACGCGCGAGAUACUACGUGUUCAGCGGCACCGAGCCCAGCCGAGAGGUGUACGACGCUUUGCUGGAAGCUAAGAAGACUUGGGAAGACAAGGAUCUCGAGGUGACCAUAAUACCAACUUACGACACGGACACUUUGGGUUACUGGGUGGCCGACAACGAAGAGGCCCUCGCCGCGAACCAUAUCGACCUCUCGCCCUCGGCAUCCAGAUGUACGAUCAACCUUCAGGACCACGAGACUAGCUGCAGUGCCUACAGACUCGAAUUCUAGGGAUUGGCAGCCUGCUCAGCCGUAAUAGUCGAGUUCUGAGCGGUGUCCAGAAAAUACACCAUCGCUUCGUUUCUGGACUCGUUUCCAUGAAAAAAAUCGAGGCGACGCGCCGCGAAACGUCGUAACCCGCCGUCCCUAUUAGCGGCUCCUAGAACUUUGACAAAUUCUAAACGGAGGCUACGUCGAUUUGAUUCGGAGGUAGCGCGAUCUGUAAAGUUUCGUCAUUUAUCCCGGCCGGAAGAGUUCGCUCUUAAUUUCACCGCACCCGUUCUAUCCAGAUUCGUCUCUCGAGAGUUACGUCGACCUAUAUCGAGAGUUAACCGCGACCUGUAUCGCAGUAUUCCUCCUUCGACUUACCGUUGUCCCACCUCCUCCAUCCAAGGACAACGGUAAACAGAAAACCCAAGACUACCCUUCUUCCCGCCCGGAUACAAUCCACGAGCUUGCUUCCGAGUAAAGUCAAUUUAGCCUCCGGUCUCUAUCGUUUUACUAAUUUCGAACGACAUUUACCUGGGAAGAAACAGAGUACUGGUUACUGCCAGAGCAAA